GACUUGGUCCUAAGAAAACUGAAGGUUUAUAAUCUUCCAGAAAAUAUAUUUCAAAACAUGGAUUCGUUGAAGAUAUUAGACCUUCGAGAUAAUCACUUAUACGAGCUCAAUAAUGACAUGUUCAGUGAUCUUGAAGAACUCCGAGAAUUGUACCUGCAGCAAAACAAAAUUGAAGAGCUACCUGAGGGCGUUUUUGAUUCGCUUUCUAAUUUGCAAAUCCUGAAAAUGGGACUCAACAGGAUUAAAAAGCUUCCAAGAAGAAUAUUUGCAAACUUGAUGACCUUACAGCAACUGGACCUUGCUCGUAACUCCAUCAGAGAAUUAUCAAAUGAGUCCCUAUUCAACUUGACUUCACUUGUGCGAAUUGAUUUCAAUUGGAAUCAGAUAAAGGAUCUUCCAGAUGGCAUAUUUGACAACCUUAAGUGUCUGAUUUAUAUAAAUCUGCAUAGCAACACGCUGUCCAUCUUGCGACCAGAAGUUUUUAGAAAUCUCAAUCGACUGAGAACAUUGGAUCUGUCGUAUAACAAGAUCAAGGAAUUACCAGUUGAAAUAUUUCAUGGAACAGUUUUGCUAUCACACUUGGAACUGAGUGGAAACUCGAUACAAACUUUACAGGAAAACAUUUUUGAGGAGGUGGCAAACCUGCAAACAUUAACGCUUCAAAGCAAUAAAAUUGCGCACAUCCCGAGGGACAGCUUUAAGAAUCUUAAAAGAUUGAGAAAUUUGCAUUUGUCAAAUAACAACAUCUCUUUUAUUCCGGAUGGCCUUCUUCGAAAUUGCCCUAAGCUCAAGACAUUGGAGUUGGGUGACAACUACUUGACGGCCAUUCCAGACCCAAUCUCAAGUAACCUUUCGUCAAUACUGAUCUUAGCACUGGAAAACAAUCAAUUUACAGCCAUUCCUGAAAACAUUGGGGCAAUGAAGAACCUACUGCAAUUAGACAUGUCAAGAAACAAGAUCGACCAAAUUCCUGAGAGAUUGUUAGGCAAUCUCAAUAGACUCAAACUACUGUCAUUGCCACAAAAUAAUAUCAGUUCCAUAUCAAGUCAGACUUUCUCCAAUCUCACCGAUCUCCAGUAUUUAUUAUUGAAUGAUAAUCGCCUUACCCACAUUCCAAAUCGAGCCUUUAAAAGUUUACAGAAGCUUAAAGUCUUAAUGCUUUCAGAAAACAAAAUAGAGCUCAUUGGAUCUAAGGCUUUCGUUUUAAGCAAUUCAAGUAUGAGGAUAUAUCUGAUUCGCACAGCAAUGAAAGCAGUACAUCUAGAGUCAUUUGAGGGCAUCGAAGGCCUUUCCACCAAAAUAAGCAUGAAUGAGGGAGAGAUAGGGUCGCUGAAUUUCAACCAAGAGAAUGGUUCAGUGCAAUGCAGAGUGCAACUAGGCGUUGGACAAAGCGAUGAAGAGUAUAUAGAGUUCGAUGACAUAGACGAAGACAUGAUGGGUGUGUUACGGAGGGUUUUGGAGCAAUCCGGUUUUGCACAGUGGUCACAAGAUAGCUCCAAAUUUUUGCCUUGCCCUGCUGGAACAUUUGUUAAAUCUGCAGAUAAAGGUUCCACGAGUUGUUCAGAAUGUCCUCCAGGAGGCUUUUUUUCCGAUACCUUAGCAUACGUCAGCGACCAGUGUAAAAGAUGCCCGAACGGGACAUUUGUUUCACUCGAUAAAAAGCCAGGAAGGCGAGCAUUGGAUUGUGUCGCAUGCCCCCAAGGAACGGAUACAAACUCUUUUGCCGGAUUCCGUGCUUGUAAAUGUCUACAAGGAUUUUAUCGUACCCACCUGUUUAAGGGCUGUAAGGCUUGUCAAAAAGAAGGCUUCCUGUGUAUAGACGACUACGUCACACUCAAACCAGGAUUUUGGUGGAGGUGGUAUAAUGAUGUGUACAAAGCCUACGAAUGCCCAAGAAAGGAAUCUUGCCUCGGUGGUCUGGAUUCGACGUGCAAACAAGGCUACGAGGGCCCGCUUUGCGAGGUUUGCAGCCCUGGGUAUCACAAACGACUUCAGACUUGUAAGAAGUGUCCAUCAAAGUCUUGGAUGGGAGCACAGUUAGCCAUCACCAUCGCGUUGUUGCUGAUUCUAGUUGUGGUCAUCGUAUGGACAAGUGUAAAGAAGAACAGACAGAGCAACAACCAGCGUCCGCUGGUCGACAUCAUUUUGGCUAGGCUGAAGAUAAUCAUAGGAUUUUAUCAAGUUACAUUUGGACUACUGGAUGCUUUUUCAUUCAUUUCAUGGCCAGACUCCUUGUCUGUUAUUGCACGGUAUUCCGAAAUUCUUCAAUUUAAUGUCCUUCAAAUGGCGCCAAUGCACUGCCUUUUGCCGCAACUUAAGAUAGACGCGUUUGGGAGUUUGUUUGCCAUUUUGGUCAUCAACAUUGGGGCCAUUGUAUUUGCGGUGGUAGCUUAUUGGGUGCGAAAGUUUAUGAUCCUCAGGAACGACCAGCUUGAAGAUGACGAUAAAUCCAAACAAGUUUCUCAGACUAAAGAACUUGUCUACAGAAAUUUGUUUUUCUUCUUAUUCGUGACCUACCUUAGCACUUGUUCUAAGACUGCAAAUGUUCUCCCACUCUCCUGCCGGGAGCUCUGUUUUACUGACAAAGGUUACGGCUGCUUUACUUAUCUCAAAUCUGAUUUCACAGUUGAGUGUCGCAGUCCAAGGUACAAGCGCUUGGUCAACGUUGCAUAUUUUGCCGUUGUAUACAUUUUACUUAUCCCUUUGGUUUCUUACCUAGUCCUUUGGAAGAAACACAAAAAAGUAAAGGUUACGGAAAACGAAUCAAGAGAACAACAAAGAUACAUCAGUGAACUUGCAGCCGGACUGAGAUUUCUUUCCGAGAAUUACACCGGCACCUCUUGGUAUUGGGAACUCGUCGAGAUGGUGCGUAAAGUCAUCUUAACAUCUGGAUUGAUCCUCAUAGGAGGAGAAAGCAGGGCUUAUGUUGGCCUGGCAUGUGUGAUUUCGGGACUGUAUGGCAUUUUAUUUGCCUAUGUAAGCCCAGUUGAAGACCCAUUUGAAAAUAAAAUGAUGAUUAUAACCCUUGCAGUUACGUUCGUAAACCUAGGCAUCGGCGCCGUCAGUAAGAUCCCCAAGGAGAAUGUUCCAGCUUCAAUUGAUCCAUAUGUUGACACUGUUACGUUCAAUUUGUUAGUGGUUGGAGCCAAUACGCUGGUGAUUGGUUUACUAGUCGUUCAGUACUCCGUCUACCUUUAUAAUUUUUUGAAAGAAUGGCGCAAAAAUCCCAAAUGGUCCAUGUCGUGUUGCUUGGCGAUGCUUCUUCCUCUUAACGAUUUACAAGGCGAACUCAGAGGGUUGGUGGGAAGGAACAUGAUGAGGCAGCAGCUUCAAAGUGGACGGAUCGGGAUGCCGUCCGUGACAGGAGCUGUCAAAGACAGUGGAGCUGUCGACUUCGCCCUUGAGGAAGGUGACGACGAAAGCCAAGAUAGUCGGCGUCAACAGGACAACAGGCAGAGUGCGAAUUCUUCUAGAAAUUCCGGAAGUAUUUCGAUGAACGAUCUUGGCAUUUCCGCUUUGGUGGUUCAUCCACCCCAAAACGGCAAUGAGGCUCCAUUGUAAAAAAAAUUAAAUUAAAAAAAUUCGGAAAUACGGAUUAGUACAGAAUUACUGGGUAGAUCACUGUUAUAGGUUGUGAAAUAAAAACAGUUGUUUCCGGAAAUUUCUAGAAUGCCUGGCCAUGGCAAUGUGGUUACUCGAACUUUCGGAUGUCAAACCAAGAAAUUGUCUGCAGCAUUCUAUUACGUUAUGCACUCAUGAUUUAAUCUACCAGAAUACCAUUUGUAUUACGAAAUAAUUUCAUUUGACCUACAGAUAGAAAAUCUACCGGAAUAGUUGUGUUUUAGACUUCUGAAAAGAUUUAGAACACGUUGUGGAUGUAUAUAAGUACUUAGUCGUAUGCGAGUAAUAGCUGCUGCUGUCGGCAGAGAUCGACUGUCUGGAAAGCUUUAAUGACAGUGAACUAUUGUGCAUCUCGAGGAGAUUUGAAGACAACAUUGAGUUGGUGUUAGUAGUGAACUGAUUCAGUUAUAGUUUGUACUGUGCUUAAGCAGGUUCUAAGUGGAUUAUUAUUAUAUUGCUAAAAGUAGUCACUUUUUAAUACGAAUUAUAACCUGGGACUUGUUGUCUAAUAAAGUAGUCUGUAGGAAUAUAGAA